AUGACUGACAAGACCACCGCUUCGCAGAGUCCGCACCCUGACCGGCAAGGAAAUCGAGCUGGAUAUCGAGCCCGACUACAAGGUACAUUCCUUCCUUCCCUCCUCGACCGGAGCGCGUCUACCCUUGGUCGCUCGCACGCACCCAUGCUCGACCGAUUACAAACAACCACGGAGAAUAUCGUGUCUCGUAUCAAGGAGCGCGUCGAAGAGAAGGAAGGUAUCCCGCCUGUUCAGCAGCGUCUGAUUUUCGGUGGAAAGCAGAUGGCCGACGAUAAGACCGCCGCGGAAUAUAACCUCGAGGGUGGUGCGACGCUGCACCUGGUCCUUGCCCUUCGUGGAGGCUAUUAA